UUGGAUUUUUAUUUUAUUGCGCGGUACCCACCAACUCAAACACACCAGUCCGUAAAACAAGUCCAACAACCGAAAUCGAAUAACUUUAUUCUGGUGCGAACCUUUACAAACGGAAGAUCAUUCUUCUUUUUAAAGAUCAUUGUUUACGUGGAGAAUUUAAAGUGAUUUAUUUCUUUUGCAUUUACGAAAAGAGAAAUUAUUUUUUAUAUUUUUUUAACAAAACUUAAAAGUGUUUUUUCAAACAAAAAAAAUGCAUUCCAUUCGAAAAGUGUACGCGAACCCGAAUCUAAUAAGAAAUAUUUGCUCGGUGAGAGGUGUAUGUGCGUUGAAUGUUGUCGGCGAUGGAAAGAAAACAAUGUGGUCCACAAAUAAGAAAAACAUUCAAAACUACUCUACAAUCACACCGAUUAUGAAGGACGUAUCUUCGGUUCAAAUAGUAAACAAUGCAUUGACACGUUUCUAUUCGAAAUCAAAAUCAACAAAACAUCAUCGUGAAUAUAUAUCAGAUUCGGACUCAGACUCUGAUUCAGACGAUGAAAAACCUAAAGGCAAAGGCAAAGUUAAAAUUGGCGAUAGUGAAUUUUGGCGUCGUAAAAUCCGCACACUUCAUAGUGUACUUGAUGUAAAUAAUGAUGGUGUCAUUUCGUAUGAUGAUUUUCAAGUGUUGGCUGAAAACUUCAUUGCAUUGGGACAUUUAAAACCAGACGAUGAAAAAGCAUUCCGUGAUGAGCUCAAAACCGUUUGGGAAGCACAGUUUGGUGAAAUUAAUCCGUACAACUUGGUCAAUGCUGAACAAUAUUUAACCGAAAUACAUGUUGCCGUCAAUGAUAAAUCGCAACGUGAUAGAAUUCAUGCAUUUUUGCCAUAUUUAUUCAAGGCUGUGGACAAAGAUCAUUCUGGCUUCAUUUCGCUCACCGAAUACAAAUUAUUCUUCAAAUGCGUGGGAUUAACACCAGAAGAUGCAGCCGUUUCAUUUGCUGUGAUUGAUAAAAAUGGCGAUGGAAAGUUGUCAAUCAAAGAAUUUGUUAAAUUAGGUCGUGAAUACUUUUUGACCGAAGAUGAAAAGCGAAUAUCGCGAAUGUUUUGGGGACCAUUGGUCAGCGACCACUGACACAUCAAGCAAUCUACUGUUUUCCUUUUUUGAUAUUGUUUAAAUUUUGAUAUUUUCCAUUCGCUCGAUUCAUAAUGGAGCGAAAAUAUUGUAAUGAUGAUAUUUAAUGCUAGAUUUUACCGCACGUACCACACUGUAUGAAUAACAUGUAGAAUUUAAUUGACCGAAUGAAAAUCGGAUUUCCGUCAAUUAUUCACUGGUGUUCUGAUAUUUCGAAUUUUAAUGGCACUCGUCUCAGUGUCGUCGUCGAUACAUUAUAUGAAUGAAUAUAUAUUUUUGUACCAAUCAAGCGAAUUAUGACGAAUUGUACUACGUACAUUACUAUAAAGGGACAGUUAUUUCUGAAUAAAAUUUAAAUUCAUGUAAA